GCUCUGUCGCAAGGUUGUGGUGGAGGUGCAGUCUCGUUAAUCCUUUAUAAACAUACUCAGUUUGUUGUUCAGGCCAGCACCCAGACCCAAUUACAGUACUCUACGUACCCCAAUUUGUACCUGUUUUUGAUGCCAUCUCUCGGUACUAGAAUUCAUUAGAGGUUUUAGCAAAGAUUCAUUGCAUGUGUAUGUCCUCGCUUAUGCACUCAAGAUUUUGAGACUUAUGUAUAAAAUAGUUAUCUUCCUACAACUAAGACUUUUAGACUAUAAUUCAGUAGAUAAAAUCAUUACCUUUAGCUUUCUGAACAUUUUCGAGUACAUAGUCAUUCUUUCAACAACAUGACAUCUAUGACGCCUUCCGUUGAAUUGCAAGGGAUGUCGCUUGCAGAACGGAGUGGAACGAUCUAUUCACCGGAUGAUGGUCCAGCUCCAGCGCCCACUGGAAUAACAUCGCCGAGUGGCACCAGUGCUAGUCACAUUAAGGGUAGGGUAAAGGUGCUUUUGUUCCCGCUUUUUAUGCCUUUCCUAAGGGAGAAAGGCAGAAAAAGCGGGGUCCACGAGCACCAAGACCCUACCGCUAAUCACAGUGCAACUGCUCCACGCUUCACUGAGUUCGAAGAAGAGAUUAUUGGAGGAGCCACGCCAACGACAUCAACGACAAAUGGAAGUGGAGGUUCUUUGCCUUCAUCUGGAUCGUUCUCCAUAGCAGACGGAACAAUUGGAGCAGGUGUAAUCAUCGGUGGAGGAAGCACAGGAACUCAAGCUGCUGCAAGAACUUCGUCUGUUUCUACUUCCUUGAACGGUACAACAACAUCUAGUACUUCUAGUGCUGCAAGUUGUACGAUCGUCAGCGCUUCUUCAUUGCAAACUGCAUCAUUUGUACCUACCGAAUCUUCUGGUUCUACCGCAUCUACUCCUGGUGCUGCUCAUCCAGCAACGCCUUUGGGAUCUCCCUCAUUGCAGACACGAGAGCAGCUCGUUGUGGGCACAAGUCCUGCUUCCUCAUUGCAGACACGAGAGCAGCUCGUUGUGGGCACAAGUCCUGCUUCCAGUUCGACCUCACCAUACAUUGAAAAUUCACGAGGACCAAAUCACAGAACAACGAGAACAACUCCUGGCCGCGUGGUGUCUAAAGAAGAAGCGGUCCUUGUCACUGGAGGUGAAGCGGCAAAUGAAAAGGACAACGACGAAGGAUUUCAGCAAGAGCAGUACUAUCACACUGCAGGUGGAGGCGGAGCAGGCAGUGUAAUUGAGAUGCAGGCAAUGGCAACAACUGCAGCAGAAGCCACAAAUGGAGUUGCUGAGAAAGGUGCCCAGCUUCCACCACUGGCGCUAGCCGCGACAUCUUCAGCUAUAACAGCUAUAACCUCUAACGCAGCCUCUUCUUCGGUUGAAGAACAAUCGCUUAAAGAACAAGAAUAUUGUUCCGACGCAAAUUAUUUUCACCUGUGUCGUGUGAACGAUUUUCCAUUGCUUUUGAGUAGUUUGCAAAGCGAAUCUGAACCCCGGUUGAAACGCUUAGGGAAGGCACGGGAUCCUGAGGGACACUCGUUGCUACACUGGGCAGCACUCUUUCCGGAAAAUCUUGAUAUCCUCAGAUGGUGCAUUAUGAUGAAGAGAUGAUGAUGAAACAAGAACUACUUGCUGAGAAAGACAACUGUUAUUAGAAUCCUCAGUAGGUGUACUUAAUACACGAUACUCAAAAGAUGAAGUUGAACUUUGACAUGUACUGUUCCGGUAUUCGCCGGUAGCCGGACUUCGAUCUCACGGGGUUCUCUUCUUGCUUUCCCUUGUGAUCAAGAUCAGGUUACCAAAUAAUUCCCGCACCUUUCAUGACCACAAUAAAAACUUCAAAAUCUUCUUCCCAAUCUGCGGGACAAAAUGAAUAAAAUUAUUACAUCAAAAGACACUGACGCUGUAGUUACUGAUAAUCACUAUCAAAUAUUACACAUUCCCUAUAAAUAUCUCUCCCAUCCCCAUCCUCUAUCUUCUUCAUACCAAUAGAGCAUCUGCAGUGCGACGUGGCCGCUCAGGCGCAAGGGACGGACCAAACCCCCCUAAUGUGGACCAUGACGAAGGUGCAUAGCGAUCCGUCAUUUAAGGCUCAUUCGUUGACAAGUCUUGCUUACACUUUGAGUUUUUGUUCUUGUGCUAGCUUUUCUUUCAUGCACCAUAAACAUAAUAUACAAGAACCUACAGAGCCUCGACGCAAUUUUUGACCACGAAGUGGAAGAUAAGGAUACUCACGACAUCGAGGCAUGCCUUCCCGUUCUAACCCUGCUUGGCCCUCUUUACAUCACGCCACCCAAGAUCAAAGAACACCGCCUUUUUUCGGCGUUAGGUAUCUUGUACGCCACAGCUUAGGCCCUUCUCUACGUUAUCGCGACUCACUGGGCGCAUCGGCAUUGUUAAUCGCGAUACAACACGGCAAUUUCAUGGGUUUUCUGCUCUGCUUAGGUGCAGACUUGAGCUGUGCCGAUGAUGUAGAUCACUAUGGAUGCACUGUCGCUCACUGGGCAGCUUUCAAAGGGGAAAUCACGAUGCUUCGGGUACAUGAGGAAGUUCAAGUUCAUGAGCCAAAGCACUGCCACUGAAUAAUUGGAUCAGUCUGUACAAGCUUAAUAUCAUCAUGCAUACUCAUCUACAUCCUUCACUUUCGGUUCAAAUCAAAAAAUCCUCAGAUUUUGAUUGCCCUCUUCGAUUCGAAGCUUUUCCGUCGAGUGGAUAGUCAAGGGAUGACGCCUCUACAUCGCGCUGUGACUGGUGGUAGGCACUCCAGCGUUGAAGCUUUGAUGACGCAUGCAGUGUCGAAGAAAUUGCUCGAUCCCCAUACGCGGUCGAAAAUUAAGGCAAGAUGGGCAUCGUCGAUUUCUUCAUAGUACAGUAGGUGUAAGAACACGGUUUUCGACCAUGAUGUCGAUCACCUACUUGGCCUUGACACGAAAUUAAACAGUUCUAAUCAUCAUGGUGCUACUGCCCUUGAUCUGGCCAAGCAAAACGCGGACGAAUACAUGACAAGGAUCAUCAGACGACAUCUCGCGAAGAUGGAGCAGUCGCUUAGUGCGAGUCUCAGUUCACGAGACCAAUCAGCUGGUAGUCCGGGAGACGACCAAGAACUUCCUAUGUCAACAUCUAGCGGAAGCGCAGCUAAUGGAGAUCAACAUAAUACAACAUUGAACGCAAGUAUGGAGCGAAAAAGUGCACUCACACUCAAGAAAUUGGCUAGGAUUGAUGUACUUAGGAAAGCAGCCACUUUUUUUUACUGUGAGUGCACUUUUUUCUUUCAUAGCAAGCAACAAAUUCUGGAACAACACAAAGCGUUGCUGUUUGAGCAAUCGCUUUUUACGCGUCCCCUUUUCAAUCGUGACGCGUACAUGGAACCAAGCGGCAAUCACAGGCGGAAACGGAGGUGGGGCUGUGUUUAAGGCUCCUCGUCGUGUUCACUUAUCAUAAAUAUGUUGGUCUUGCAAUUGCUAGAAAAGUCUCUUGGCGUUUUUUGGACUGUUGGUGAAUUAUAAUAGGCUUUUUUCACCUUUUUCUAAUGUCUUCAACGCCACAAACAGAGGAGCAGGUGCCUCUCCGACCGCAGCAGCUUUAGGUGGUAGCCCCUUAGGUGGCUUUUUCGCUGGAACUCAUCAUAGUUUUGGAGGCGGCCUGAUGAAUGGGGAUUUGUCGGUAUGAAGGGAGAAAGUGCACUCAUGAUCGUCAAGAAGAUAGGCACGUUCAUUCUAAAUAUGAAGCUGCGCCUUCACCUCGUCUUGAGCAUGAGCACACUUUUUCCCGUCAUAGUCUGCUCUUUUACGCAUCUUCGCGAUACCAUGUGGGGUAAUUGCAAGUUGUUUCUCGCUCUCUUGGCGCGGAAAGGAUUAUUCUGUGCCUUUUUUCGCCUUCUCCGGGUUGGUCAUGAAGAUAUUAAGCUGAGUUGUAGAAUAAGGAGUUGUUCAUUUUAGUCGUAGAAUAAGGAAUUGCUCUUCUUUUUAGAAGGUACAAUUAGGCUGAACUACCUCAAGGCUACUUGACCACGUGGCUCAAGAGGGCACACGACAUGACGUCAGUAGCAAGAGUCGUGGCGUACUAAUCGAAAUUGUAGAAUAUGAAUAAGAAGUUGUUCAUUUUAGUAGCAAAAGUCGUGGUGUACGAAAAACUUGAGGUGGUUGCGGACGCGUUCUUGGUAGUUCACCUCGGGCAUUCACACAUACACACCCACUUCAAGUACUACAACAUCAAGUCACCAUAAUGAUAAGCAAAAACGCGACUUACUUACACCCAUAUCAGUAUUACCUAUUCCUCGCACCAUACCCAAACCUACUCCUACUACACGACCUACUCUGCUUACUCUUUAUUCGCACCUACACCUCGAUACCCCAAUAAAUCUAUAUCUGUCUGAGACCCUCCCAAACCUCUUCCUCGCGCAACUGCUAAAACAAUUCUGGCUUCGAUGGUACUUAUCACCUGGGCCCUCAAUUACAAGAGCAGUUCCAACGAGCAAUUAUGAUGCUUCAUUUUACUCUUCCCUCGUCUAUGGGCCCUACAUAAACACUGACGAUACGAAUCCGGCAUCUUGGCUGCAUUUCCUGAUCUUAUGCUCAGGUAUUUGAAGUAGAAACUCACUCUUCCUUUAGAAGGUGGAACGUCGAGAAGAUUAGAAUGAAGACACGAAUGUUGAAUGUACGAGGCUACUAGGGGAAAGCCGAAACUGGUAAGAGGGAUCUACAACCACUUAAAUCCACUCAAGCCGCUGAUUCACGGAUAGUGAUGUGAUCACGGAUACAUAAUAGAGGUGAAAGAUACAUUUCUGUUUCUCCUUCUACAACCUCUCUAAUGACCAUUGUGGGCGACCUCGUUGCGGCUUAUACGUAUCUUUCUCUGGUCUGCUGUGACCCUGGGACAGUGCCUAAGCCACACCCUCAAAAACGCAGACAGGCUAUGUGUCGAUAUCUCUCGACGCUACAGCAUGACGAAAAUAUGGAUCCUCAAACAGCGUUUAGAUUCUGCGACACAUGUUUUAUCGUACGCGACUUAAGAACGAAGCACUGUAGGGUUUGCGACGUCUGCGUUCACGAUUUCGAUCACCACUGUCUCUGGCUCAAUAUUAAGGCGGCCACUAGCAGUAUUCUUGGUAUGUAUAAUUCAAUUCCAGUAUGCGCAUGCAGUAUAGGGAUCCCUCAGCCGUAAGUUGUGUACUUCAAAUGUCAAUUUCAAAAACUGUUUAAGGAUAUUCUGCUUAAGGGAUGAUCCUUUUAAGGGAUCGAUCCGUCUAGAAGCUUCAUUUCUCUACAGUGAAGAUGAACUACUCCAAUAAGGGGUCCCCGUACCACUUCUAACAACAAUUGUGUCGGGAGAGCAAAUCAUCGGACCUUUUUGGUCUUCUGCGUCAGCCUUACUUCAAGUUUGGUCAUGUUUGCCCUGAAAAUACUUGUCUUCUUUUUCGAGUGGGGUGUCUUCGGUGGAGUUGGAGCUUUAGACGGAGUAGACGGGCACAUGCAGAGUAUCAAUAGGGGAACUACUAGAACUUCUUCUAUUACGGUUUGCAAGUUGACCAAUCUUCUGACGAGAGCAUAUCUCCGGCCACGAGGUUGGUGCCUUGUGGACGCAACCUGAUUGAUUGCUUGGCUUUCAAAGGGGAUAGAUACGUGAGCUAGAUCGGUCAACUUGCAAUCCCUAACUCUGCAGGAGCACUUCAGGCUCAUUCAAGUGGUGGUGGUGGACUGUUGUCGGAUAGGGAGAUGCUUCUCGAAUCGUUGGGGCGGACGGAUAGUGCCGUCAGCACUGAGGCGCUUAUUGGAGAGGGAUCGCUGUCCUCUGGUGUGGACUCACUACUUAAGACUCCCACUAUGCAUAAUUCAUGAUCUUUGACAUUGACGUGGUCGGCAGCCACAUCUUGUCGGUAAAAAGUGUCGAAGACCAUCACCAUAGGAUGUAUUUUCACCACUCGCUACAAUAGGAUUGAGUCACAGAAUAGGAACUGACUCGAUACAAUAGGAUUGAGUAACACAAUAGGAUGUAGUUGGAUCACACGAGUACUACAACAAGAACAAUAGGAUGGUGUAGUAUCACUUGAUCUUGAACCUCUCAUCUAGUAUAAUCUGCAGAAGAAGAAGAUGCAUUGCAUCGCCAUCUAAAGGAUGAACAGAGACUGAAAGACCUCAACACCGUUAGUUAGGACGCGCUUCAGGACACACCUCGUCCUCGCGUGAGAACGAAGCAAAGGCAACCUAUCCUAUCCUAUCUUAUCGUAUCUUAUGCUAUCCUAUCCUAUCUUAUCCUAUGCUAUCCUAGGCAUCAUAACAUGACCGAAAUAUUGGUUGGCGCUAAUAAUUCUUCUGCGACGUCUACGUCUUCGAAAAGGAGCAUAAUUUUUUUUCUGAACCUAUGGCCUUUAUCCAGCAUCUACAACACCAUGUUCGACAUUUUUUUCACGCUUCCGAAGCAUGGGGGUAAUGAAACAAGCACUUUGCCGUUCUACGAGCCGGCCUUAUUGUCACACUUUCUAGUUCUCGUAUUCGUGUGCAUGAUGGCUUUUUGGCUUGGAGGCCUCACGCAGUACCAAUUUGGCGUCGUUACCUCGAACCUAACGACAAAUGAAAUGCUCAACAUGGAUCGCUAUUCUUACGGCUACUAGUGCAUCACUAUCCCAUUCCUAUUUAGAUAUUUAAGUAGUAAAAGUACUAAUUUAAUUUGUUGUAUCUCAUACCUUUUCUUUCCUGGUUUUUGUUUUUUCCAGCUGGGUCGUUACUACUUUCCGAUAUUGAGUGGGUUCCCAUUGCAAAACAAGCCGGUUUCACGGGAAAGCAAGGUGUGAAUGCACACAUGGAGGGAUAGUGAGUUCUUAGCGUUAACAUAUCCAUCUAUGGCGAACGGCACCUCAAGUGGACGAUGUUGACAGUUCGUCAUCCACACCUGGAACUAUUGCAACUAUUACGGCUUACUACUUACAGUAAUUCAUCUUAGGGAGCAUCUUUGACUCCUUCUUUAAGAAGAAAGCACGAUAAAGAUGCUCUUCAAGAUGAAUAAAAGUAAGGUCUAAGACUACAAGCAGUGAAGAUAUGUUUAGCUUUGGUUUCGACGUAGCCGCUUCAACACGGAGAACGAAAAAGAGUCGCAUCUUUUCGAAUAUGUGGGAUAAGGGGAGUAAAAGUGAGAAUUGCCUAGAUUUCUGGUUUUCGCGAGAUCGUACGAUAUUGCCACAUCCGGAUGGCGGUUUAGACGAGUUGGAAGAUCUUCAAGGUCUUGUUGGAGGAGGAAGUGUUUCAGGUGGUGGAGUUGUCCAAGUAGUCCUUCAUAGUGCCAAAAAACUCGUCAUUGCUGUAGGCCAAGGAGCCUUAAGGGUUCCCACAUUACAUCCCUCACCAUCAUCCCUGACUCUUUUUCCGGUGGGAAAUGCGUCAGGGAUGUUCUGAGGAAUGUAAUUCCGUAACCUCUAAGUGUCUCUAGUUUUCUUAGCAGCAGUGGCGGGUCUAGCUCUAGGAGCAGUGGCGGGUCAUUGUUAUGGAUGAUGUUUUUUUUCCAUCUUUGGUUGGUUACGACCAUCCUCCUGGCGACUAAAUCUAAAAGUAUUUCAAGGGGGGCGGGGGCCGGACAAACUGCCAGGACGAUAGUCACGACUCAGCCUAGAAGAUGGAAAAAGCGCUAUUCCUUCACGAUCAGGAAGUCUUUUCAGUAACGCAAAGAUCAGACAACAAACAUAUUUGCCAGUAAGCACGGUUGUGGGUGCUAGCGAACACAGCGAUAACGAUCUGGCCUUUGAUCUAGGAAACGAUAGAGUUAACGCAAAAAUCGUCUAGUCUUAUUCUUCUUCUACUUCUUCCCAUAAGGGUUAACGCAAAAAUCGUAUAAAUAUGUAUUUCACUAGUUUUAGUUAGGUUGGCUCCACCACUAGUUAUAACCUCACACAUGCUCCUUCGCUUUCUUCUCUGUUCCAUCAAGAGAUCUUUUAGGGUUAAAAAUUCUUUGUUUCAUACGACUGCUACGUACAACUACUUUUUGUUUUUUCCACCAUGCUGAGUACUUAACUUUGUUCAGCACCGUCAAUAUCGCGCCAGAGGACUUCUGAUUUCUAUCCUGGAAGAAGAGUGAUCAUCUAUUUUCUAAAAUGUAGUAGACUCAUUCUCGUAUUUCCCGGCUCUUAUCUCACGCUUACCAGUUGCUAAGAUGCUGCUCGUCAUGACUGCGGUGUCGUGAACCUUUGUCAACCACGUCACCCGCUUCAUCUUCAUAUGUUGUUCUUGUUUGGAGAUGUUAAUCUUAAUGUUAACUGUCAGAGGAACGAGAUUUCUUUGGUGAGCGUAAAUCAGUGAAUCUUCUAUUGCGAGACUUGCUAACGCCUCACUUCGUGUUUUUAAUUCAGCAGUAUCCACAUCUUCAUGGGAAAUGUUUCACCCUGACGAGCAUACUCCGGGUUUUGCAGCAAGUGCCU